AUGGCGCUAAGCAGGGGGUCGCUGUUAACCGAGACCCGGACCGUACACACACUCAAACCCCUCCCGAGGUGCUUCAUCUGCCUGCAGCAGAUCGGGACCCUCAAUCCAGAAACGGAGGCCAGACGACGACAGUUCAGCCAGCUCAAGGGGGGGCCUGCGAGUGCGAGGACCAACUUCAGGGGGGGGCUCGGCGUGGGCAGCGGGGGGUACGAAGCAUCCGGUGGGGGGGGGCGAGGUAACGCGCGGGGGGGUGCUGCUGCUGCUGCGCUUGGCCAACAGGGGGCUCCGCAAGCCGCGUUGGAUAUAUGGUGGAGCUGGUGCAACGUGUGCAACCACGGUGGGCACAACGGGCACCUCGAAGAUUGGUUCGCCGAGCACGACACUUGCGGGGUCCGGGGCUGCGACUGCAAGUGCACCUCCCACGACUUCCCCAUCGUGUCCAAGAUAGCGUAG